AUGGAGCAGCAAGUGGCAGAAGCGGCGUUGGCCAUGGUUCGAUCUAACACGGACGCAGCGACUCGAACAGCAGCCUCUCAGUUUCUGGAACAAUGGACGCGGACUCCUGAAGCCUGGGACAUUUACGCCAAGUGGCUUCGGUCCUUUCGAGACAACCAUGUUAACCACGAUGUGAAUGGAGAUGCCAUUGGAAUGCAGCUAUUAUGCCUGACGCUACUACAGGCCAAGAUACGGCGAGAAGUACCGCGUGGCACAUCCCCCAAUGACUCUCUACAAGCCGUUCGCAAUGAACUGGGCUCCUUUCUAGGUGGCAAUCGCAAUAUCAUCAACAACAAUGGCGCACAACAACCACUACAAUCAGCAAUACACGAACAAGCACAACUGAACCAUUCCGUAGUGACGCCGCUCUGUAUAUGCAUAGCUGGAUUGGCGGCCAGAUGUGGAGGAGUCCAAGAUUUGAUUUCGCUGUGUCGAUUGAGCAAUACAACACAAAUGACCAAUGGCUCUUCUGCUUCUUCGUCGUCUUCUCCAAUGAUUCUACCCUCUAAUGCGCUCCGACUACUCGCCUGCUUGCCACCCGAAGUAGAAGCGUGUGCCGAAUUGCGAUCUCAUCAAGUCACGGCCGAACUCUGGCCCUACCUAGAACCUGUACUGGACACCAUCCGAAUAGCUCUGGCCAGAGAAGACACCAUUGCGCCGGCAUUGGAAGCUCUCAAAAAUUGGAGUUCCAUCUGUCACGUAUCACUCUCUCAUCUCAGUACUCCCACGUGUGGAGGAACCGACUGUUUGCUUCCGUUACUCAUCCAAUUACUCUCGGCGCAACAACCAUCUCGCUCGGAUGUCAUUAUUUCGGCAAGUCGAGCAUUGACCGAAGCCAUUCUGGUACCCAGUGACAGUUGUACACCGGCACGACAAGCCGCAGCGUCCAUGCUAUUCAAUGCCAUUGGAAGUCAUGGAUUCGUGGCGGCGCCUCUGGCAUUUGCGACACGACACGAAUGGGAAGAUACAGCUCAUGCUUUGGCGACUCUUGUCUGUACACUGGUCACGGAAGAAGUCGACUAUAUUUGUACACUCCCAGCCGAAGCACUCCUCAAUCUAUUACUGCAGAUUCAAUCGCAUCCACAUACGCCAGUCACAUUGACGGCUUUGGAAUGCUGGUUGACUGUACAAGAAACACCCGCCAGUGCCAGACACAACAAUUGGAAGGCACCCUUAUUUGAAAAGGUCGUCCAAGGCAUUGUAGCACGCAUUACACUGCCAGAUUCAUUCACUUCCUGGCAAGAUGAAUUGGACGUGGAUGAAUCCGAAUUUGAAGAACUGCGACGAAUGGUAGGAGACGUCCUCAUUAGUUCCUAUUACCUACUACGCGUACAGUUUGUACAAAUGAUGGCUUCCUACAUUCAUUCCAACAACGUUAUUCAUUGGCCUGUCGUAGAAUCGGCACUCUUUUGUAUGGUCAAAGUGGCACGAGAAGUAUGUGCCCGCAUCAAGGCACGGACCGGUGGGAGCAGUGUAUCGGCUGAUCGAGAUGCCACCUCGCAACAAUUGCUGCAGCUAGUAGAGCAGCUCUGUGGAACUCCGUCUGCGGCCGAAUCGGCGGCACGGAAGCACCCGCUAGUCUUGUCGGGUGUGUGCACAUUUGUCGGAGCAUAUGCCCAGGCGUGGAAUGUCAAGUGUCCGCCAGAAGCCUUGUUGCAAUUGUUGGCGUAUUUGAGACAAGCCAUGGUACCCAGUGCCGUGGUCGAUGCGGCCAAGGCUACGCGCUUGAUUUUGGUCAAUUGCUCCACGCGAUUAUUGGCAGGCGAACAACAACAAUUAUUAACCUCGUUGAGAGAAACUCUGGAUGCUGUCUUGUCGACAGAAAAUGAAGAGGCCAUGGCCACCGUGGCGGAAGGAUUGACACGAUUAUUGGUGCAAAUCAAGGAAGAAUCCAUCGUGCGAGAUUCAUUGGCCAAUUUGAUUGGACCUUUGCUACAACGUGCGGAAGCAGCAAUCAGCGUUAUACCAAUUGGAGAAAGUGGGGCCGAGGCUUCGCAGGAAACUCAUAUUGCGGUGGAAUCUCUGGCACGACAUUUGCAUGUGUUGCAGGUGAUUAUCCGUUUCUGUGAUACGGGUGCCCCGAUUAGCGAUGUGAUUGCAUCUGUGUGGCCUGUGUUGGACAAGGCCGCACAACGUGUCCCUCAGUUCGAAUUUCUGCUGGAUCCCCUCUUGUCGGUUCAUGAACAGCUUUUGAGAACAGCAUCAAACUUUGUUUCGCCCUAUUUUGAACAGACCAUCCAAUUUGUGGUCCAAGUCUUUGAAGCAUACAAGCACCCCAGUUCGUUGGAAUACGUUUCUGGAGCUGUGGAAACAUUUGGUGCCACCAACGUCGACUCUUUUCGGCAACUGUUGAACCAUGUAUCGCUGAUCUUGUUCAGCUAUAUUUCCUCUGGGAGACGACCGCACGAAUGCCCAGACCUCAUUCGAUCCUAUUUCGAGACAUUGAAACGUUACGUGAUCUACUGCCCAUCCGGGCUUUUGGGCUGCGAGCAAUUCACAACAAUCUGCAAAGUCUCUUUGGAGUUUCUAGUCACGUGCCACGGCGAGAAGGAAUCAACGAGAGCCAUCCUGAACUUUUUAACUCAACUGUAUGGAUGGCGCUUGUCGCGACUGGACAAUGUGGCUACUGCAGCCCUAGAAGCCAAUAAUGGCCUCAUUGAUGAGCAGCUGGCACAGCACGGCAGUGGCAUCACUCGUGCUUGCGUUGGUGGUCUCUUGGGUGGGCCGACAAUGCUAUGGCCAGCCUAUGCAGACUGCUUGUUUGCUGUUUUCUCUGUGGUUGUGACACGGCAAGCGGCCCCUCCUGACGGACAGUCGGACUCGACUACCGUUGCUCAUCAAUGGAUGUUUGAAGCACAGCAGGGCAGCACUUUGCCAGCUGAAACGUACAGCCACGUGGUUUCCAUUUUGACUUCCUUGGCAAGGAACGGAUCGAAAAGCAAGUCCAAAGCAAAAAUGUUGCUCACAGACUUCGCCAAGAUUGCCAAGGGAGAAAUGACAACAGAUGCCCUGGUUUCCUACAGUCUUGCCUAA